CGGCAUUUCUGUCGUGAAUGUAGAGAGAACGUUGUAAGAAAGGAAGUUUUACUGGUUUGAAACAACUUGAGGAAUCACAUUCAAAACCCUUUACUGGCUGCAGGAUGUUCUUGACUCUGGCACUUUUUCGGAAGGGGAUCCCAGGAAAGCAGUGGAUCGGGAAGCACCGUCGGCCUCGUGCAGUCACCUGGCAGAUGAAGCGGAAUAUGGUGGAACGCCUGGAGCAGGAAGCAGAGAAUGAAUACUGGAUCAGCCGGCCUUUCAUGACAUUAGCGCAGGAGAGAGGCCAUGCAGCACAGAGACGGGAGUGGAUGUCACUUCAAAUCAAAGCUGCGCGACAAGCCAAGUUCCCUGAACACAAAUACAUUGCAGACCAAUUGAACCACCUGAAAAUCACCAAGACCUGGUCCAGCUAAUCAGAACACCAAAGACUGAUUGAGCAGAUCUCUGAGUUUUGAGAGGGAGCAGAAAGGACUUGUGUGUUGAAUUGAAUUUUCUGUUUGUGGAUGUUACAUUGUGCAUCUGUGUGUGAUAUGUGCUGUUUAUAAAUUAUAUCUAAUUUACACAUGUGGCUGCGAUGUUUAUUCUGAAUCAUUGAGCAAUUUUAAUUAUCCGGCUUAACCACCCCAC